AUGGCCCUUCCAAGCUACACCUGUGGGAAUCCAGGCCAGCUGCUGAAUGGCAUGCAGCAGGGCUCUACUUUCAACAUCGGGGAUAAGAUCCGCUACAGCUGCAACCAGGGUUAUGUGUUGGAGGGCCACACUGUGCUCUCCUGCCUGGCCACUUCCUCCGGCACCGCUGCCUGGGACUUCCCCCUGCCGUACUGCCGAGCGGACGAUGGCUGUGGCGGCACACUACGGGGUCAAAGUGGUGUCAUCACCAGUCCAAAUUACCCCCAGGAGUACAACAACAACGCGGACUGCACCUGGACCGUGCUGGCCGAACCAGGAGAUACCAUCGCCUUGGUCUUCUCCGACUUUCAAUUGGAAGAAGACUACGACGUUCUGGAGAUAACCGGCACAGAAGGAUCCUCUCAGUGUGUGUUGCAUCACUGGUCUGCGAGUGUUGCCCGAAACCUCAAGACCCCCAUUGAGUCGGACGAUGGCUGUGGCGGCACACUACGGGGUCAAAGUGGUGUCAUCACCAGUCCAAAUUACCCCCAGGAGUACAACAACAACGCGGACUGCACCUGGACCGUGCUGGCCGAACCAGGAGAUACCAUCGCCUUGGUCUUCUCCGACUUUCAAUUGGAAGAAGACUACGACGUUCUGGAGAUAACCGGCACAGAAGGAUCCUCUCAGUGGUUUACUGGUCCAAACCUGCCAUCACCCAUCAUCAGCAGCAAAAACUGGCUGAGACUCCACUUCACAUCUGAUGGAAACCACAAACUGAAAGGCUUCAGUGCUCAGUAUCAAGUGAAGAAGAUGACAGAACUGAAGUCCAGAGGGGUGAAGAUGCUGCCAAGUAAAGACAAUCACAGCAAGAUAUCAGUUUUAUCACAGAUGGGGGUGGCGCAAGGACACAACAUGUGUCCAGACCCAGGAAUCCCAGAGAGGGGCAAAAGAAAAGGCUCUGAUUUCAGGCGGGGUGCUACUGUGCACUUUUCUUGUGACGAAGGUUACGAGCUUCAGGGGUCUAAAAGCAUCACCUGCCUGCGAGUUACGGACAGUUAUGUUGGCUGGAGUGAUGACCGGCCUAUCUGCAGAGCUCCUAUGUGUGGCGGUCAGCUCCGUGGCCCGAGUGGCAUCAUCACCUCCCCAAACUUCCCAGUACAGUAUGACAACAACGCUAACUGCACCUGGAUCAUCACAACUUCGGACCCUUCCAAGGUGAUCAAGCUGAUUUUUGAGGAGUUUGACUUGGAGCGAGGCUACGAUACUCUAACUGUGGGAGACGGAGCUGUAAUCGGCGAUCAGCGGACAGUCUUUCAUGUGUUGUCUGGGACUACGACUCCAGAUCUGGUGGUCAGUACCAGCCAUCAGAUGUGGCUCAAUUUUAAAACGGAUGACACGAGUGGCUCCCUGGGCUUCAAGGUUACUUACGAAGAAAUUGACCAGGGUGGAUGUGGAGACCCUGGAAUCUCAGCCUAUGGCAAGAGGGAAGGCACAGGCUUCCGACAUGGAGACAAGCUAUAUUUUGAGUGCCUUCCAGCCUUUGAGCUGGUAGGAAAAAAGAACAUUACCUGCCAGAAAAAUAAUCAGUGGUCAGCCAAGAAGCCAAGCUGUGUGUUUUCGUGUUUCUUCAACUUCACAACUCCGUCUGGGGUCCUGCUAUCACCAAACUACCCUCAGGAGUAUGGAAACAACAUGCACUGCGUGUGGCUGAUCAUCGCCAAACCCGAGAGCCGCAUCAACCUGGCCUUCAACGACCUGAGCAUGGAGAAACAGUUUGACUUCCUGUCUAUUAAAGACGGCGGCAAGGCAGAAUCACCAAUUCUGGGCACCUUUUCUGGAGAUGUGCUGCCAUCACCCAUCACUACCAGCGGCCACGUUGCCCGACUGGAGUUUCUGACUGAUCAUACGUACACAGAACGUGGCUUCAACAUCACUUUCACCACUUUCCGGCACAACGAGUGUCCUGACCCUGGCGUUCCAGUAAACGGAAAGCGCUUUGGUGAGAGUCUACAGCUUGGCAGCUCCAUCUCUUUUCUGUGUGAGGAGGGGUUUAUGAAGACCCACGGAUCUCAGACCAUCUCCUGCAUUCUCAAAGAUGGAAAUGUUGUGUGGGACAAUGCUGUGCCGCGUUGUGAAGCUCCAUGUGGUGGAAACUUGAAGGCUUCUAGUGGCAUCAUUCUGUCCCCUGGCUGGCCUGAGCUUUAUAAAGAGGCCCUCAAUUGUGAGUGGAUCAUCGAGGCUCCGCCAGGAUAUCCUAUUAAGAUCAUCUUUGACAAAUUCCGGACAGAGGUUAACUACGAUGUUCUUGAGGUACGAGAUGGACGCUAUCCUUCUUCCCCUCUGAUUGGCAGUUAUCAGGGUACACAGGUCCCGCAGUUCCUCAUCAGCACCUCCAACUUCCUGUACCUGCUCUUCACCACUGACAAGAGUCACUCGGACAUUGGCUUCCGCAUCCGAUAUGAGACUGCCAUGCUGAUGCAUAGCACUGUUCUGAUCCACAGAUUCCGGACAGAGGUUAACUACGAUGUUCUUGAGGUACGAGAUGGACGCUAUCCUUCUUCCCCUCUGAUUGGCAGUUAUCAGGGUACACAGGUCCCGCAGUUCCUCAUCAGCACCUCCAACUUCCUGUACCUGCUCUUCACCACUGACAAGAGUCACUCGGACAUUGGCUUCCGCAUCCGAUAUGAGACCUUGCAGCUCCAGUCGGACCAUUGUGUUGAUCCUGGAAUCCCAGUCAAUGGUCAGCGGCACGGCAAUGAUUUCUAUGUGGGGGCGCUGGUGACGUUCAGUUGUGAACUAGGAUACACCCUCAGUGACCACGAGCCCCUUGAGUGUGAGCCUAACUUCCAAUGGAGUCGCCCUCUGCCCAGCUGUGAUGCGCUUUGUGGCGGGUUUAUUCAGGGGAACAGCGGCACUAUUCUGUCCCCUGGAUUUCCUGACUUCUACCCCCAUAACCUCAACUGUACGUGGAUGAUUGAAACUUCACAUGGUAAAGGUGUCCAGUUUACCUUUCACACUUUUCACUUGGAGAGUCCACACGACCACCUUUUAGUCACAGAAAAUGGUAGUUUCUCUCAACCCUUGUGGAGAUUGACCGGGUCUACACUGCCGCCCCCUCUCAGCGCUGGACUUUUUGGCAACUACACCGCUCAGAUCCGUUUCCUCUCUGACUUCUCUGUGUCCUAUGAGGGCUUUAACAUCACUUUCUCAGAAUACGAUCUGGAGCCUUGCGAAGAUCCCGGCGUCCCCCCCUUCAGCACUCGUAAGGGGCUGCAGUUCGGGGUGGGGGACGCGCUAAUCUUUUCCUGUUUUCCGGGAUACCGUCUCGAGGGGCCUGCGAGGGUGGUGUGUCUAGGGGGGCGUCGGCGGGUUUGGAGUUCCCCUCUGCCAAGGUGUGUUGCUGAAUGUGGAUCGUCUGUAACCGGGAAACAAGGAGUUUUACUCUCUCCCAACUACCCUGGUUACUAUGGUAACAACCAUGAGUGCAUCUACUCCAUCCAAACCCAAACCGGUAAAGGGAUCCAGCUCAGAGCGCGGGAUUUCCGCCUGGAGGAGGACGACUUGCUUAAGGUGUAUGAUGGUAGCAGUAACAGUGCCAGACUGCUGGGCACCUUCACAGGCAGAGAGAUGAUGGAUGUCACUCUAAACAGCACGUCCAGCACCAUGUGGCUGGAGUUCAUUAGCAACAGUGAUAAUACCAGCAAAGGCUUCGAGCUGCACUUCACCAGUUUUGAGUUGGUGAAGUGUGAGGACCCAGGUGUGCCUCAGUUCGGUUUUAAACGGGAGGACAAAGGUCACUUCGCAGGCAGCACGGUGUCAUAUAGCUGUGAUCCUGGCUACACUUUAAAGGGCCCGGAGGUUUUGACAUGUCUCAGAGGGGAGAGGAGAGCAUGGGACAGCCCACUCCCACUGUGUGUUGCCGAGUGUGGAGGAACGAUUAAAGAUGAGCCCGUGGGCCGGAUUCUGUCUCCUGGUUACCCAGCUCCUUAUGAGCACAACUUGCACUGUGUCUGGACCAUUGAGGCGGCACUUGGAAGCACCAUCGGGUUGCAUUUCCUGGUCUUCCACACAGAAGAGGUGCAUGAUGUUUUGCGGAUCUGGGACGGGCCUCAGGAUGGAGGUGUUCUCCUGCGAGAGCUGAGCGGCUCUACACUUCCUCCAGACCUCCACAGCACCUUCAACUCCAUCAGUCUGCAGUUUACAACCGACUUCUUCACCAGCAAGCAGGGUUUCGCUCUGCAGUUAUCGAUUUCAACUGCCACUUCCUGUAAUGAUCCUGGCAUUCCAACAAAUGGCACCCGCAUAGGAGACAGCAGAGAGCCAGGGGAUUAUGUGCUGUUCCAGUGCGAUCCCGGAUACCUCCUACAGGGGGCGACCAAAAUCACCUGUACCGAGAUCAACAACCGUUUCUUCUGGCAGCCUGAUCCGCCCACCUGUUCUGCUCCAUGUGGAGGGAAUCUGACUGGUCCCAGUGGACUGAUCCUGUCCCCUGAAUACCCAGAGCCCUAUCCUCAUGGCAGAGAAUGUGACUGGACAGUAACCGUAAUGCCGGACCACAUCAUAUCACUCACUUUUAAUCACUUUAGUCUAGAACCGAGCUACGACUUCCUGCACAUCUACGACGGGCCUGAUUCUCUUAGCCCUCUGCUGGGCAGCUUUUACGGCACGGACGUCCCUGAGCGCAUUGAGAGCAGCUCCAACACGCUCUUCCUGGCCUUCCGCAGUGACGCCUCACUCAGCAGCAAUGGAUUUGUCCUGCAAUACACUGAAAAUCCCAGAGAGUCGUGCUUUGAGCCAGGCCUGGUGCGUAAUGGUACUCGUGUUGGUACUGAGCUGAAGCUGGGGGCAACUGUCACCUAUUACUGUGACAACGGCUAUACGCUGGAGGGAGACGCCACUCUCACUUGCAUCAUGGGGGGAGACGGCAAGCCCAGCUGGAACAAACCCAAACCUGUUUGCAUAGCUCUGUGUGGUGGUCAGUAUUCGGGGUUGGAGGGGGUGGUGCUCUCCCCUGGUUAUCCUGGAAACUACAGCAGCGGGAGGACUUGCCUCUACUCAGUCAUUGUGCCGAAAGACUACGUGGUGUUCAGCCAAUUUGCAUUCUUCCAGACUGCACUAAAUGAUGUUGUGGAGGUGUAUGAUGGGCCUACCCAGCAUGCCCGUGUCCUGAGUUCUCUCUCUGGGGCCCACACAGGUGAAUCUUUGCCACUAGCCACCUCCAACCAGAUCCUUAUUCGCUUCUCUUCCAAGGGCCAGUCAAGCUCAAGAGGUUUCCACCUGGUCUAUCAAGCUGUCCCGAGAACCAGUGCGACACAGUGCAGCUCAGUCCCAGAGCCCAGACAAGGCAGGCGCACUGGGAACAACUUUGCGGUGGGGGCCGUGGUGAGUUUUGAAUGCAAUGCAGGAUACGUCCUGGAGGGGCCCAGUGCCAUUGAGUGCCUGACUGUACCCAACGCUCUGGCCCAGUGGAACGGCAGCAUUCCCAGCUGCAUUGUGCCAUGUGGAGGGAAUCUUACCCAGCGGAUAGGCACUAUUCUGUCCCCUGGCUAUCCUGAGCCCUACCUGAACAGCCUGAGCUGUGUAUGGAAGAUCACUGUGCCAGAGGGAAUGGGAAUCCAG